AUGAUCAUAUCAGCGGGAAUUACAACUUCCCUUAUCUUGGUUCUUUCAUUGUUGUUGACGAGUGGAGAUGUUCGGUGUGAAGUCAUUGAAUUGCAGAUGGGAGAAGAAAUGCCCUUGGGAUCAGUGAUCGCAGAUUUGAGACCUCUCAUUUCAAAGGGUGGCAAGCUCGCCUCCGAUUCCCAAUGGGUCACAUUCAAAUCAGCCGGUUCUGAUGAUAUUGGCAAUCGGCUUGUUGAUGUCUCACCGGAAGGCAAACUACUGGUUAGCCACCGGAUCGAUAGAGAGAAGUUAUGCCCGCUCUAUCCACUAUCUAUGCUUCCAGGAUCUCAACCAAGUUUCGGAGGUACUCUACCAGGAACUUUUAGUCUCCCGGGUCAAUCUGGAUAUUCAAUGAGCCUAGGAAGUGGCGAGCAUUGUGCUUUCACAUUACGAGUUGCAGUUAUUGAAAAAUCUGAGACAACUAAUCCCUUGCACAUAUCGAAUAUCUAUCAGAUUAGAAUUAUGGUUUUAGACGUUAAUGAUCAGGCUCCAUUUUGGCCCGAGAAUCUGCAACGCCAUGUGAUUGAAUUUAGAGAUGGAGACCCACCUGGCAAAAGGCAGUCUCUCCCUCUUGCUAUUGACCUAGAUCAAGGGGAGAAUGCUCGAAUCUCCUACACUCUUGAACAAGAUCCUUCUGAUGAUACUUCAUCAGAUGGAUGGAAUUCUACGCCUUUCAAACUAAUCCAUGACCAUGCAGAAGGAAGUAUUUAUCUCCAAGCUGAACGAGAAAUUGAUCACGAGGUUGCCAGUUCACAUAAACUUAUUCUCAAGGCUGUUGACGGCGUGGAUAAAAGCAUCCCUGAUUCAAUGACGUCUGACAGAUAUCUUUAUCAGCAUACUUCAACUCUUGCUCUCACAGUUGUUGUCCAAGACAUCAACGAUAAUGAUCCAAAGUUCACGCAACCCGUAUUUACCCCUGAUCGUUCCGUAUCAGAAGCAACGCCAGUUAGUUCGGUUAUACUACGAUUAAAAGCAACUGAUGCUGACUCAGGUGAGAAUGGAAACUUUCACUUCGGAUUCGCGCCAAAUGCCGGCUGGAGAUCCACUGACAUGCUUGCUCAAUAUCUCUUUGAUGUGCGACCAAAUGGCAAUGUGGUUGUGAAAAACCCCCUGGAUGUUGACAAGCAAUGGAAAAUUGUAGAUGAUUUGAAAAAGGGCUCGAACCAAGUUCUUUACAGCGGUGAUAAUUCCAGGGGCAUGGAACUGAGCUUCAAAGUGGUGGUGACGGAUGAAGCGGACCCACGAUAUGCUAGAUCCUCAGAAUCAACCGUAAAUAUCUUCGUUAUGGACGAGAAUGAUGAGGCCCCAACAAUUGAAGUAAUGCGACCUACCACAUCUAGUGAAUGCGUCAAAUCCCUUGGCAAGCCAGCCGGAAUACCAAGUGGAAGAUCGACACCUCAAACCUCAUUUGCCUGUGUCUUUGAAAAUGCUCUCAUUGAUACUUUCGUGGCUACUAUACAGGUGAGUGAUUUGGACUUCCGUGGAGAAGAUGAACAUGAAUGUACACUGGAUAACAAGAACUUCAGUCUAAUUGCUGAAGAACAUGCCAACACACGCAUAUCCGCCAGCCAACUAACGCACGUAUUCAACGGUCAGACUAGUAAAGGUCCUGGAGCAACACAAUACGCUAUUCUUACCGCAGCCACCCUUGACCGUGAAGCUACUCCAAUUCAGCGAAUUCAGAUAAUCUGUAGUGAUCACGCCAACCACCAAUCCGUCCACAAUCUUACCGUCUUGAUAGGAGAUAUAAAUGACCACAAGCCUAAGUUUGCCCAAGAGGUGAUGACUUACGAAGUACCAGAGAAUUCCCCACCUGGAACUAUAUUAAAACAUGUUUCAAUUAGAAAUGGAAUAGCUUUGGCAACCGACGCAGACGUGGGAAAAAAUGGUGUGAUCAAGUACAGCUUCAUCAAAGGUUCAAGAGCGGCGGAAAACUUCUCCAUUGACCCAUUUUCUGGUGUCAUAUCUACUAGAAUUCCACUUGAUCGAGAAGCGAAUGCGAAGUAUGCCUUUAAUAUUCUGGCAAUAGAUCAAGCUGAAGGCGAUAUCGUACUGACAGGAACAGGAACUGUGGAAGUUUUGGUACUUAAUGUCAAUGACAAUCCCCCAGCAUUUACACAGGAGUUAUACACCUUCCAGAUUGCGGAGAAUCUACCUCGUGGAAGCCGGGUUGGUCAAGUCAUGGCGUUUGAUCUCGAUGAGCAGGGUCCCCUCUCUUACUAUCUGAGCAACGAUUAUGAUGCUUUGGUUUUCCAAAUUGACAGGUCAUCUGGAGAACUGUCUACAAGACGUCCUUUAGACCGUGAGGACCAGUCUAAUUAUACUUUUAAAGUCCUUGUUCGAGAUCAAGCUACACCUGGUGGUGGUAUAGAGAAGAAUUCUUUCACAGCGACAGCAUUAGUGACGGUUGUCUUAGAGGAUGAGAAUGACAAUUCGCCAAUCUUUGUUCUUCCUAAUAACACGGCAAAUACACUCUCUGUAGCAAUUAGUCAAACUCUUGGACACAAGCUAGCCGAUAUCAUUGCUACAGAUGCAGAUGAGGGAGACAAUGGACGCGUUACCUAUAAAAUUAAGGCCGGAAACUCACUUGGCUUGUUCAGCAUAGAUCCACAGUCUGGUCUACUCUUUCUGGCGGACUCACUGAUCCGUUUCGCCGAAAAUACCAAUAAUUCAAAUACUGAUGAAACCAAUUCCGCUAGAGCUUUUCAACUUGCUACUCAACCGACUGUUCAUGUGAUCACCUUGGAGGCCUGUGAUAGCGGUGCGGAGCCUAGAUGUACGGUUUCUCCUAACCUUCGCAUCCACGUUCAACCAGAACGUAGGCUUGGAGGUGGUGGUGAAAAUAACGGGCUCGGAGGUAGUGCAUUCGGAAGUAGCAACUCAAAUCAGGUACACAUUACUGAAGGAUCACAAGAGGCUGGUGCAGCUAUGCAUUCGCAAUUAUCUGAUAAUACAUCUGGUGAUGACCGACUGGCAGGAUGGAAUGGAAGAAAACCCUCCUCGGGUCAUGCUGAACCUGAUGGAAUGCAAAGUUGGACUGGUGGUUCAAAUGAGAUUAUAAUCAUUUGUAUGUCGGUGCUCUUUGCGGUCAUAUUAGUGACAAUCCUUGGACUGAUUCUGCUUCUUCGAAAUCGCAAGUCUGGAACUGCGAAACAAAUGUCUGUUUCAGCCACACACCAGAGUCUGAAUCGUUCGAAAAACCCAACCUAUCUUGACGCAGCCACACCUUCAUCUCAAUUCAACAAUGAAGUUGUGGACUCAUUCAGUGCUCAGUCAUCUCAAGCUCUUGGGCAUACUCCCGUAGUAGGGGGAGGUGUGAUUCAAAGCCAAUCUGAGAUGCUCCUCUGUCGACGUGGUGGUGGUGGUGUGAAUCUGAUGCCUCAGAGCCAAUCCUUCUUCGAGAUGCCCAAGUCCAUGACACAAGAGUUUGCCACCUUCGCACCGGCAAAUCUUGAUGGUCGUAUGAUGCCGAGCAAAAAGCAAGCGACUACAGCGAGAAGUGCUGAUUUGUUGCUUCCACUUAAGUAUGCUCGUAUGGCGAAUAAUAAAGAAAUGACACCUCAGGGCCAGGUGGUGGACAAGGUCUUUGUCAGUCACCCCUAUGCCGUCCCAAGGAAUGACACUAUGUGCUAUGGCGAAUACCAAGCCCUACAAGCCACCGGUCUCUACACGAUGGAGAAGACUCUCGAAGAACAGCAAGGACAUACUAUCAAUCAAAACCGAAUUUUUGCACAGAACAUGUCCUCAGUACCCCGUUUCCUAACUCAAACAGGUCGACCAUCCGUCACUAGUGACGAUAGCUUCCCGAUGUACCGUGUUGUAGAAGGUCACCCGCACAAUUCGUUCACAUACGGUCGUUAUAUGGGAAUGAAACCCAACCAACCCGUUGCGUCACAUACCAUUGACGCUCGAAUUUUUGAACACCAACAGCAGUCUCAACAACAAUCCAACAGAUCGAUUCCCCAAAGGCUCUAUGUCCGUGACUUCCCUCGAUCAAAGUCUGCACAUACAGUAGCAAAUCCAGUGGUUCAAAGGGCUUCCAAAUCGGAUGGUAGUGGAGAAAGUUCGGAAGGUGGCGGUUUUAAAUCCUCAGAGGAGGGUGGAGAAGAAAGCAUGCUCCUCCUGUUGCCAGAGGCUGAAGGUCGAUCCGAGAUGAGCGAGCCACUUUCAGCCAACGAGGAACGUCAAGGUGAAUCAAUAACCCCUCCAGAGUGCCAACAGCAGCAAAUGACCAACUUCAACAAUAAUGUGGAUGGAAGUAGGAAGCUUGUCUCCUCUGCCUAUCGUGAAGCGAGUUUUGUAUGA